GUGGACGGCCGCCUCGGAACCUGGACGCUGCGGUCGGGCGCCUCGAGAGCGGCUACGCGAGAUUGCGUGGCCGCGUCGAGCAGCUUGAGAAAGGUGGUCGCUCGGUCUCGGCGGGGUCCCUGGGCACUUGCGAGGCGGUGUUUCAGCGCCGGCAUCCUGCCCAGCAGUUCCGCGAACUGCGCCAGGCGACGCAGUCUCGAGCACUGUCCGAGAUUGUGGAGACACUCUCGCCGGACGGGGCCCUGCUGGGAGCGCGCGGCCAGGGCGCGUGGUCCGACGCCGCCGGCCGCCGCGAGCGCCUCCCGGGGCGCUUUACCCUGGUGCUCGACCCCGGGUGCGAGUCGGGGCAC